GUACUAGUGAGCUCCUUUUUUCACACGUGAGCAGACAUGGUGGAUGUGCUGCUGCUUGGGACUCUGGAAGACUUGGGCAAAGAUGACUUUCGGGAUUUUAAGUGGUACCUCAAUCAAAAGAACUUGGAUGGCUGCAAACCAAUUGCUGUUUGCAAACUGGAGGACGCAAGCAGGACGAAAACUGUGACAGAGAUGACCAGCAGCUACGGUGAAGAAAUGGCCAUGAAGGUGGCUGUUGAGAUUCUGAAGAAGAUGAAGAACAUGAAGGCUGCAGCGGAGUUGACGAAGAAAUAUGCAGAGAUGAUCAGAGCUGCAUCCUCCUCCUCCUCCUCCUCCUCUGCUGCUGCUGCUUCACCUCCAGCUGCUUCACCUCCAGCUGCUUCACCUCCAGCUGCUUCACCUCCAGCUGCCAACACGAUGUCGGCUCAAAACGAGAGUGUGAUCGUCGCUCCGACAGUCACAGGCUCAUCUCACACGUUCAACAUAACCAUCAAUAAAUGAGCACAAUAAGACAGCACAAUAAGAAAUACGGGAAUACAUAUAUAUAUAUAUUUUGAUAUUGAGUGACUUUUACUAUAGUCCAUGAAACCAUUACAUGUUCCUGGUCAAAUUGACAUCUUUACCCGUUAGAGUCCUCCAACAGUGAAAGCCAAUUUUCUUUAAGUCUCAAUAUUUAACAUUAAUGAGCAGUACACACAUGAUUAAUUACACAAUUACAAUACAUGCUUUGAUAUAUAACCCUGUGUUAUAGUUUUAAGCAGAUAUAAGGAACUUUUUGAUGUCUAAUAAUGCUCACCCUAUGAACACACAUUUUCUAAUAAUACAACAGUUUUUUAUGGUGACUGAGAGAUACACACGGGCCAAAAAAAGUCCAUUAGGAGACAAGCGCUGAAGUUUAAAAAAAAAUAAGAAAACACAAAUGUGCCAAAAUUAAGAAACAUCUUCACCAACUUGAAGAAACAUGCGCAGGGUUUACUAAAAGUGUUGCACAAAUUAAACUCUGCAAAGCUGCAAGAAGCUCAAAACACAACAGAAAUGGGGACACUAAAAAGUGACGCACACAGCUGGGACCGGAGCGCUUGUUGACAUUCUGGGAUUAUAAAGGGGACACACUUGAAAACUCACCUAAAAUGUAUGUUUUUUCAGCUUAUUUAAACAAUGUGAUCGCAUGAUUCUUUCUGAUAUUAUGGCAGAUCUGCUGUAAGCUAGCUAGCUAACGUAGCUAACCUAGUCAUUUUCAAAUAUACUAACAAAACACUAACAAUUAUGAAACAACGUCAACAAGCGCAACAAGUGUCCCCUGCUUUCUAUUGUGCUUUGAGAUUGAGUUAGAAAGCAAUAAUUCAAUGUCAACAUAAUGCUUUUCAUUCCUUUGUUUGUUGUUGUAAAGACCAGAGCAAAUCCAAGACUCAUGAUGACCAAAGAUGUGACAAUGACAUGACACAAUAUCUGACAUUUGAGACAAAGUAUCCAUUUAAAAAUAUGCUAUAACAAACUUUAUUCCAAAUAAACAACAACAACAACA